GGUGUUUUCUUUUCUGGCUGAUCGGAAGGAUUCUACCAAAUCUCAAGAAUGGCCAGCCGCGAAGCCGUACGCCGGACGGUCCAGUCCGUGAGGCCGAUUCUGUCCGUCGAUCGCGAGGAAGCCCGCAAGCGUGUGCUCAACCUCUACAAGGCUUGGUAUCGCCAGAUCCCGUACAUUGUGAUGGACUAUGACAUCCCAAAGUCGGUUGAACAGUGCCGGGAGAAGCUGAGGGAAGAGUUCCUAAAGCACAAGAACGUCUCCGACAUCCGUGUGAUCGACAUGCUCGUCAUCAAGGGCCAAAUGGAGCUGAAAGAGUCCGUCGACAUCUGGAAGCAGAAAGGACACAUUAUGCGCUACUGGAAGGAAAGCCAGGAGCCAAAACCGACCGAUUUCCUGUCGAAAUUUUUGGCCGGUCAACCUUAAGCUAGCAAUUUGGAUAGUCCAUGCGAGAGAGCUGUUGAUUGAAAUUAAUGUGGUGUAAAUAAAGGAUUCCAAAUCCAAACUAGACCAUUUUUAUAAUACUUUUAGGUG